AUGCUGGCAUGGCCGGCUCAAGCUGCCAGGCCCUACCUCGCAACCUGGCCUGAGGGCAGGUCUGCAUCUUCCCGCACAGCGGGGUUCAGGGAGGGAGCCGCAGCCCUAGCAACCUCCGCGCUUGUGCAGCGUUUGCACACGCUGCGCCGGCGCCGGCUAAAGCGCAGUGCCUUUUUAGUGAGAGCCUGGGCGCAGCCACCUCGACGGGUUUUCGCUUCUCGGGAGGUCGAGAUGGAUGGCGUGCAGGUUGUCGGCUACGACUUGGACUACACCCUGGUGCACUAUCGGCUCAAGGCCUGGGAGGGCAAGGUCUAUGCGCAGUGCAAAGAGAUCCUGAGGAAGCAAGGAUUUGACGUGGAGGGCUUGAACUUCGACCCGGAGCUUGUCAUCCGUGGCCUGGUGAUCGACUCCAAGCUAGGGAAUAUUGUGAAAGUAGAUCGCUACGGCUAUGUCAGAAAG